UGAGUGUCGCCCAAGCUACACAUACUUUCUUUUUUCUCAGGGAAGACCCUCCCGAAGCAUUUUAGUUUGUCUCUCGGAACUCAGUCGCAUAUUCAUCGUCACCGAUGUCGAUCUUCGAGUACAAUGGCAGUGCGCUAAUCGCCAUGGUUGGCAAGAACUGCUUUGCAAUCGCCAGCGAUCGCCGGUUCGGCGUUCAGCUCCAGACCGUCGCUACCGAUUUUCAGAAAAUUUACAGGAUCCACGAUCGGGUUUUUCUUGGUCUGUCCGGACUGGCUACCGAUGCUCAGACUCUAUAUCAACGGCUUGUUUUUCGGCACAAACUGUAUCAGCUUCGAGAGGAGAGGGAUAUGAAGCCCGAAACCUUUGCAAGCCUUGUAUCUGCUAUUCUUUAUGAGAAAAGGUUUGGUCCUUACUUCUGCCAGCCUGUUAUUGCUGGAUUGGGAGAUGAAGACAAGCCAUUCAUCUGCACAAUGGAUUCAAUUGGAGCCAAGGAGCUUGCUAAAGAUUUUGUUGUUGCUGGUACUGCCUCUGAGUCUCUUUACGGUGCCUGCGAGGCCAUGUUCAAGCCCGACAUGGAACCUGAGGAAUUAUUUGAGAUCAUCUCUCAAGCACUGCUCUCAUCAGUAGAUCGUGACUGCUUGAGUGGUUGGGGAGGACAUGUCUAUGUUGUCACACCAACUGAAGUGAAGGAGAGCAUCUUAAAAGGAAGGAUGGAUUGACCUUUCUCCACAGAGCUGAUAGUUGAUCCCCUUCUAUAUCUGCAUUUGGUUACCUGUUUUCUUCCUUCCCAUCUGUGGCCUGCAUUUGAAGUGGAAACCUGUUAUCAUGUCUUUAGUGAUUUGUGCUGACUUUUUCUGCAGUGCUCUAAUUGAUGUAAACUGAUAAAUUUUAAAGUCACAUCUCCCCAGCAAUUCCAGUGGAAGGAUAGGUCCUUUUGAUUUAUAAAAUUUGUAUGCUAUUGAAUAUUUCUUCCAAGAAAGACACGUUACUACAUGGAUUUGGCCAUUGUUUUAUCAGUCUUUCCUGGUAUACUCUCUUAUUGACAUUAUGCUUCCUCAUCAAUCUUUUAUGUAGAUUAGUAUUGUCA